GCUCCGUAUCUGGACGGUGCUAAACCUAGUUCGACACGUCCAAGGCAGAAUCAGAUCCCGCAAGCUCCCCCAUCCUUCCUCGCCACCUGCCUUCCCAUGAUUUUCUAUAAAGACUAAAGACAACCCUUCGCCAUCAACCCUCUUUGUAAACAUCCCAAACCCUUCUUUUCUCAUUCACUCAUCUUCAAAAUUUUCUCUCUUCUUUUUUUUCUUUCUUGAAGAAUGGGCCGUCUCUGGACUUUGGCCACUCAUCUUCACUCACUAGCUGGGCCUGUGACAAUGUUGCUGUACCCCUUAUAUGCAUCAGUAAUGGCAAUAGAGAGCACAACAAAAGUGGAUGAUGAGCAGUGGCUGGCCUACUGGAUCUUAUACUCAUUUCUCACCCUCAUGGAGAUGCUUCUCCAACCCAUUUUAAAAUGGAUACCCAUAUGGUAUGAUGUGAAGCUGGUGUUUGUGGCAUGGCUGGUCCUCCCGCAGUUCAGAGGAGCAGCCUUCAUAUAUGAGAAGUUCGUGAGAGAGCAAAUCUGGAAACAUGGACGAGCAGGACGAGCAGAAAACAGGGCCUCCACCAGCCAUCAUCAUGGCAAGGGCGAUAGCAAGUCUGUGCAGUUCGUUGGUCUUAAGAAGGUCACUCUCUUUAUCUAUCUCAUCACACCUUUUGAGGAUUCACUUCCAUUCUUUUCCCUUUUUGUUCAAAAUAAAUAAAUAAAUAAGGAAGAAGUAGGUUAUUUAACUACCCGUUUUCGUAUGUCGAGAAACAGACAGAAUUUGAAUAUAAGAGACUACUUCAACUAAAUUAAGAUCUUAUCAAGUUGAAGAACCAAUUUUUUUUAAAAGUUAAGCUUUUUUUAUUUUAUUUUGAUUCAUGCAUAUCAUACUCUAAACUGGGGCAACAACUAUAUAUGAUUGAGAUUUGGGAUCAGUUUUAAUGGAGAUUAGGGAUUGUGUUGAUGUGCAGGGACCGCAUGAAGCUUAUUGAAAAGGCAAAAGACAAUUAUGGGUUUGCGUAGGUCUUGUCUCCCUCUCAUGUACAAAGACUUCAACUUUUCCAAAUUCCAAGCCCAGUGGAUGUGUGGUUGAAAUUUGAAUCACUUUGUAACUGUGGGUUUCUUCUUCUGGUUAGAAGCCCACCUAACCCUCUUAAUCAUAUAUUUCUAAAUCAAUUUCACUUUACUUUCAUGUGAA